AUGAAACGCGAAGAUCUCAACAAAUGGGCAUUCCCACAUGACAAGCUUCCCCGGAAGCUUUUCUUCGUUCACCAUGCCGGGUCACAGUGCCGUUUCAUCGAAGAGCGCGAAAGAGAGGAGGAUUGUCCCGACGAUCUGAGCAUAGACGAAUUGAGCCUGAGCAUAAUGGGUGGAAUCACAGCCGCAUCCCCAGAUGGUAUAAUCGGGUGUAUCGACGAGUUAACCAACGUCACCGAGAUAUACCGGAAGAUCAAAAGACACCUCUAUUGGUCCAACCGUGGCCCUUCAUGCUUUGUCUCCACGUUCAGCGACGGCAAUGAUGCUCUUCGUUGGGGUCUGCAACUCGAUGGUACCGUCAAGAUCUACACCGUCGAUACAAGUACUACGAGGUUACCUCCGAUGCCGAUGAUUCAUGCCUAG